UCCCUGCUGUGAACAGAGGGAGGGAGCGACAGAAGGAGUAUAAAAGCAGCAGCUGGAGAAUGAACUCCACAAGCUACAGCAGAUCCAAGAGCUUCUCUUCAUAGAAAACAAAACAACUCUAACAGAAGACUAGAACUUCCCAUACUGAAAUAAUGGAAGCAGAUAAGCAGAACGUACAGACGGAGAAGGUUCAGGUCACAGAGCGUGAUCUGUCUGAGCAGAUAAAGGCUGUGACUAAAGACAGCCACGUCCGAGCCGAGAACACAGAACUGAUGCUGGCCUUCCAGAAAGCAAACAUCAGCCUGCAUCAGUAUAAGCUCCUGCUGUGCUCCUUAUACAAGAUCUAUGAAGCUCUGGAAGAGGAACUGGACAGGAACGCCUCUCACGAGAGUGUCGCACCAAUAUACUUUCCUCAGGAACUGGCCAGGAUGGAGGCACUCAAGAAAGACCUGGAGCACUUUUAUGGUCAAGAAUGGAGAGAGAAGAUGACCGUACCGGCUGCUACACUGCGAUACGCUCAGAGAUUGAGAGAGAUCGGCAGCGAGCAUCCUGAAUACCUGGUGGCUCACGCUUACACUCGCUACCUGGGUGACCUGUCAGGGGGCCAGAUUUUGGGCCGUAUUACCCAGAAGUCUUUGGGACUGAAGAACGGAGAGGGCUUGGGGUUCUUCUCGUUUCCUGCCGUCAGCAGCCCGAAUCUGUUCAAGCAGCUGUACAGAAGCAGGAUGAACAGCAUCGAGCUGACAGAGACGCAGAGAGCGGGAGUGCUGGAGGAAGCCGUCAGAGCCUUCGAGUUCAACAUCCAGGUGUUUGAAGAACUCCAGAAGUUGCUGAACAUGUCAGAGAAGAACGAGCUGAGGCAAAGACACAAAACACAUGACGUCAAGACUCCAGAUAUCAGCGUGAGCCAGAGAUCAGCAGUGACCUCCUCACUGACAUCCGGCUCUCAGCUGCUCAGGAUGCUGUUUGGAGUGUGUUUGGCUCUGGCACUCGGAAUGGGAGUGUAUGCGUUUUAAAUAUACGACUGAAUAUCGUGUAAAAUACUGUAAAUAGUAUGCAACAGUAAUGGAAUCUCCCACAUCAGGAAAUAAUUCUGUACCUUUCCAGAAUGCACUUUUAAUUCGGACAGGUCUUAUUUUGUAUACUGUGUAGUUGUGUAGCAAUUAUUGUAAAUUAUUGUAAAGUGUUUUGUGUAGCAAUCACAUCUUUAAAUGAAGAUCAGUAUGUACAUAUAGUACCCAGAUACUGUAUUAUUUGAUGGCCUGUACUGAAUGUAGCAUGUGUGUGUGUGUAAGAAAAAUUGAGAGAGAACGUGAAAGCGAGAAGACGGACCGUAGCUUUAAUGCACAUUUUGAAAUACUUGUACAUAUUUAGAGAACACUGAGGUGUACAAAUGUUGCCUUUUAUAAUAAAACACUAACAAAAA